AGACGACCAUGGACCUCUCUGACUCCCUAACAAACUCAACGGACACAGCAUUCCUGAUUUUUUGUGGAGUCCUUGUUCUCAGCAUGCAGCUGGGAUUCUCUCUUCUUGAGAUUGGCAGUGUCUCUAGGAGAAAUACGAAUAACAUCAUCUUUCAAAAUCUCAUGGAUGCAUCUGUAGGGGGUGUAUCCUUCUAUAUCUUCGGAUACGCCUUCGCAUUCGGUAAAGGCUCACCAUUUAUAGGUUUCUCCGACUUUGCUAUCUCCGGGCUAUCCACCAGCCAGGACUAUGCAUUCUGGUUCCUUCAGUUCGCAUUCGCUGCUACAGCUUCCUCGAUAGUGGUGGGUGCCAUUGCAGAGCGGACCAAGUUGGCAUCUUACUUUGUAUUUUCAAUGGCACUCACGGGCCUGGUAUACCCGGUGGUUGUUCAUUGGGUGUGGUCUGGAACAGGGUGGGCUUCGACUGCUCUACCUGCAGCCUCUCGGCUCUUUGGGGUCGGAGCUAUAGAUUUUGCUGGUUCCACUGUGGUGCACUCUGUUGGAGGUCUGACAGCCUUGAUAGCUUGCAUUCUCCUGGGAGCAAGAAAAGGCAGGUUUGAAGAAGAUGGACAUGUGAACCACCUUUCACAGCAAAGUACUCUCCUUCAGACUACAGGAACUCUGGUCCUCUGGAUUGGAUGGUACGGGUUUAACACCGGCUCAGCCUUGUCGAUUAAAGGAAACAUGGCCGUUAUCUGUGGCAACGUGGUGGUCAAUAUGACGAUAAGUGCUGCCACUGCUGGGUUGACAAGUGCAGCCCUGAGUCGCUUCUUCAAUGGAUCCUUAGAUGUUCCUGUCGUCAACAAUGGUAUUCUCACCGGCCUAGUCUCCGUUACCGCUGGAUGUGGGGUUGUAAAUGCCUACACCUCUCUUAUAAUCGGCUUCGGUGGUGCCGUCUUUUACUUCAGUGCCUGCAAGCUCCUCCUCUGGUUCAAGAUAGAUGAUGCCGUUGAAGCAGUUCCAGUUCACUUAGCCGGUGGAGUUUGGGGCACCUUAGCAGUGGGUUUCUUUGCUGUUCCCGAGCAUGUAGAAACAUUGUACGGUACAGCAAGUUGUGGAAUACUCUACAGAUCUCACUGUGACCCAGGCAAUGCAGAGAAACAACUUGCUGCUCAGGUUGUGGUAAUACUAGCUAACCUAGCGUGGUCCGGGGUGAUGGCUACGUUGGUAUUCGGAGGGUUGAAGCUGGCUGGCUGGUUACGAGUAGAUGAGGAGAGUGAGAGGGUGGGUCUAGAUACUGCGUAUCAUGGUGGUGACGCUUAUGAAGUUGACGUGAUCACACCUAAAGCUCUUCCAGCAAAGGAAGGAACUGAGAUGACAGAUAAUUUGAUAUAAUGAAGGACACAAUUAAAAAACCGAUUGGAUACCUGAUAUAUACCUGGUAUCUAGCUCGGACGAUGUCUACUCUGACGAAAGCACUAUUCUCAUUUAGGGUUCCCUGACGCACUGCACGGUCUCUCAGCUCUCUGACUCCCAUUUCUGCUGCUUCUAUUGCGUCCUUAUCAUCAACACUCAGCUCCGUGAUACCUCCUAGCACUGUGAUGGGGACAGUUUAGAUUAAAUUCUACAUAUUCAUUGCAUGAUCUCAACCAUGUACAGUGGGGACAGUGUAGAUUUUAGAUGUUCAUUGCAUGAUCUCAACUAUGUAUUAUCUUGUUAUGUUUUUGGCUAAAUCACUCGUAGUUUAAAAA